AGUCGCAUCCGGGAGCAGGUCCCCACUGUUGCUGUUGUUGGCUACACCAAUGCUGGGAAGACAUCCCUGAUCAAGGCCCUUACUGGGGAGAAGAGUUUAGAGCCAAGGGAUCACCUCUUUGCCACACUGGAUGUCACAAUGCAUAGUGGACUCCUUCCAUCUCGCCUCACAACCCUCUUUGUGGACACCGUUGGCUUUAUUGCUGAUAUCCCACUUGCCCUCAUCCAAGCCUUUGCUGCCACAUUGGAAGAUGCCCUCAUGGCUGAUGUGAUAGUGCAUGUGCGUGACAUGAGCCACCCAGAUGCCAAAAAUCAAGAAAGAACGGUACUGGACACACUGACAAAGAGCCUUUCAGCUGAAAGAAAGAAACUUGAUGGUAUGAUCACAAUUGGGAAUAAGAUUGAUCGCCUUGGACCAAAUGAAUUGGAAGAAAUGAAAAGCACAACAUCACAUAAUGGGCUCUUCCUAACUUCAUGCAUAAAUAGGACAGGUGAGAUGUGAUCAAAG